AUGUUUGGACGAAAGAAAUUUUCAUUUAAUGAUAUUCCAGAUCUUACUGGCAAAGUUGGGAUCGUAACAGGCGGUAAUAGUGGGAUUGGAUACGUAACAGCCCGCGAACUUGCCCGAAAAAACGCACAUGUGAUUGUGUGCUGCAGAAGCAUCGAAAGAGGACAAGCGGCCGUCGAUAAAAUCAAAGCAGAAACUAAAAACGAUAACGUUGAAGUUUUGCAGUUGGAUUUGUCGGAUUGGAAGAGUACCAAGGAUGCAGCGGAUAAUUUUGUUGCUAGGAAAUUGCCGUUACAUAUUCUCGUUAAUAAUGCUGGAAUUAUGGCAACACCAUACGAAUUAAAUGAACAUGGAAUUGAAAAACAAUUCGCAACAAAUUAUUUAGGUCAUUUUGUGUUAACUAAGACCCUUUUACCGGUUAUCGAAGCAUCAACUCCUUCGCGCAUUGUAAACGUUUCCAGUUUAUCCUAUAAAAGUGCUCCAAAAACCGGGAUAAAUUUUGACGAUAUCAACCUUGAAAAAGAAAACGCAGUGACUCGAUAUGGUCAGUCGAAAAUCGCCAAUAUCUUGUUUACUCUAGAAUUAGCGAAACGACUUGAAGGAAAACAAGUAUGGACGAAUGCCGUUCAUCCAGGUUUUGUCAACACAAAUAUAUCACAAGAAUUCUUAUCCAACCAAGGAUUCUUGACUAAAUCAAUCAUAUACGUUGCAAAAGCAUUGUUUGCAAUGAAUGAAGACGAUGGUGCUCUAACAUCAUUGUACGCGGCUACGAGCCCCGAAAUUGAAAAAGAAGAUUAUCGCGGCAAGUAUUUUGAGCCGAUUGCGAAAUUGGGAACGCUGAAACCAUUUGCCACGAAUCAAGAGACUGCUAGUCGGUUGUGGAAAUGGACUGAAGACUUGCUCAAUGAGAAAUUAGGAAUUUGA